GUGGGUGUCAGUGAGGAAGUAAAAUGGCGGACCUGGCAAACGAAGCAGGAAGAAUAUGAGAUGUUCAGCUUGUGAUGGUUACAGCCAGAGGUAGGGAUCAGAAUUGACAGCAUGGACGAGGACAAGGAGAAGCCUGCCAUAGCCCCACCAGUGUUUGUGUUCCAGGAAGAUAAAGCACAGAAGAGAUCAGCAGAAGGGUCCAGUGCUGAGGAUGGAGAAGACUCUGAUAAAGAUGGCAGUAGUUACUGUCCCCCGGCCAAGAGAGAAAGAACAUCGUCACUAACACAGUUCCCACCCGCACAUUCAGUUUCUAAGAACAAUGUGUUCAUGCCAUCCAGUUUCUGUCAGUCCCCGACAGGAAAUAAUUCAGAUUCAGAACCUGAGGAGAAGACGGUUGGGUUUCGCCUGAAGCCUCCCACUCUGAUCCAUGGACAGGCGCCUAGUGCAGGCGUCCCGAGCCAGAAGCCCAAGGAGCAGCAGCGUAGUGUACUACGACCAGCAGUACUGCAGGCCCCUCCGGCCACCAAAUCACUAACCCAGACCGGUUUGAACAGUGGUACAAAUGGAGUGAACAGGUCGUCAGAGGGUCUGCCAGUCACCCAGAACAACACAGAGAACUGUGAUGGCUCCACAGACAAUAUGGCUAAGUCACAGGUUGAGGAAAGCAGUGACAAGAAAGGCUCUCUGUCAGCAGAAUCAGGGGAAACCAAUUAUUUCCUACAGUAUAGAAGCACUCCCAGCUUACAGAAGGCUGAGAACAACACCGACGACGGGGCUAAGUUUGUGUUUGGACAGAACAUGUUGGAUCGUGUCCUGAGUCCGCCGAAAUGUGAGCAGGCAGCAGAGGGCAGCAGAGAUCCCCCUGCCGCCCCGCCAUGUGAGCCACCCUCACAGGACAGCAGCCCCGACAAAGAUACCAAUGUGACAGAGUCUUUGGAGGAGUCGGCAGCAGCCUACACCAAAGCCACAGCCAAGAGGUGUUUGUUAGAGAAGGUAGAGGUCAGAACUGGAGAGGAGUCGGAGAGUAAUGUUCUACAGGUCCAAUGCAAGUUGUUUGUGUUUGACAAAGCAUCCCAGUCUUGGGUGGAGAGAGGCAGAGGACUACUGAGGCUUAAUGAUAUGGCCUCCACAGAGGAGGGAUCGUUACAGUCCAGGCUAGUGAUGAGGACCCAGGGCAGUUUGCGUCUGAUCCUCAACACCAAGCUGUGGCCCCAAAUGCAGACGGACAAGGCCAGCGAGAAGAGCGUCCGGAUCACAGCCAUGGACACUGAGGACCAGGGGGUCAAGGUCUUCCUCAUAUCGGCGAGCUCUAAGGACACAGGUCAGCUGUACGCAGCGCUGCAUCACCGUAUCCUGGCACUGCGGAGCCGCUCAGACCAGGAGCCAGAGCCCCGGGUCCCCAUUCCAGACGGCCACAUCCCUCACCCCCAGUCUAACGAGGAGGAUAGUGAUGAGGACGAACCGCUCACACCCACUGCCAACACCACAGAGGGUCCAGAGGUCCAGGCCAGCGGGAGUGGGAGUGGGUCCUCAUAGCGCCUGCCCCCCACAAUGUGCCCACACGCUGCAGUCAGGACCCCUACAGGCACCUCCACGGACACCUCAGUCCAGCAUUUCCCCAAGGGUCCGAGGUCACAGUGGAGCUCCA